AUGUCCCACGUGCAAUCCUUGGGAGCCACAGGUUUAUACUGAGCGGAAAUCUCAGAAACCAUCUUAUUUAACUGUGCACAUUGGCUAUCUUGAUAUACUCAUUUACUCAAUGGGAUAAGGCGCAUUACGUUGACGAAAAGUGUCGGUUGCCUCACUCGACAAUGUCCGAGUUCUACGCAAGU